GGAAGAUCCUUUGGAGAUUGUGAAGCUGCGGAUCCCUCUGGAUAUCAAGCAGGAGAGUGAUUGGGAGGCCAGCUCACUGGAAUGUGAUGAGCAUGUGCACAAGAAUGACGAUGACCCCCUCGAAGUGGAAAGGCUUGAGCCAGAGGGCAUCCGUGGGAUUUCACUGGGAAGAACUGAAGGAAAUUUUUUCUGGGGACCUGAGAUGGACGAGAAGCAUGGAAGUGAACAGGAAUGGCACCGUGGAAACUACCCAGCGAGCAGAAACUUCCUUUGUGAGGAAAGUGAGCAGAAUUCAUAUGAUGAUACUUUACAGCGUAGGAAACAGUCAUUCAUCGGUAGUGAUGAACGAUGGCCUCAUGACGUCAGUGUUCCUGAGAACCAGCAGGUGCAGGUGAAGGGUAAACUGCACUGUGGGAAAAUCUCAAACCACAAAGUAUCCCUCGUUCCACAUGAAAGACUCCACGUGGGAGGGAAAUCGUACAUCUGUUCUGAGUGUGGGAAAAGUUUUGGCUGGAGGACGAAUCUUGUGAAGCACAAGAGAAUCCACACAGGAGAGAAGCCAUACAAAUGUUCAGAUUGCGGCAAAAGUUUCAACGCGAAAUCCACUCUAAUUAAACACGAGAGGUCCCACACCGGAGAGAAGCCGUACGAGUGCUCGGAGUGUGGGAAAGCCUUUGGCGAGAAGGGGAUCCUUGUUAAGCAUAUGAGAAUCCACACAGGAGAGAAGCCACAUCGAUGCUCAGACUGUGGGAAAAGCUUCAUUGAGAGAGGCGCCCUGAUUAAACAUGAGAGGACGCACACGGGAGAGAAGCCAUACGAAUGUUCGGACUGUGGGAAAACCUUUAGGAUCAGCUGCCACCUUAAGCUUCACAAAAGAACACACACUGGUGAGAAACCAUAUAAAUGUUCAGAUUGUGGCAAAAGCUUCAGCGAGAGAGCCUCUCUCGUGAAACACGAGAGAACCCACACGGGAGAGAAGCCUUACAAAUGCCCCGAGUGUGGGAAAAGCUUCCGGAUUAGUUUCCAACUCGUGAUUCAUAAAAGGACGCACACAGGCGAGAAGCCGCACGAAUGCUCCGAUUGUGGCAACAGCUUCAGGGAGAUAGCCUCUCUUAUCAAACACAAGCGCACCCACACGGGAGAGAAGCCGUAUGAAUGCUCCGAGUGUGGGAAGAGCUUUCGGACCAGUUUUCAACUGAAAACUCAUAAAAGAACGCACACCGGCGAGAAGCCGUACCAUUGCUUGGAUUGUGGGCAAAACUUCAGCCAGAGGUCCCGUCUCGUUAUACACGAGAGAACUCACACAGGAGAGAGACCUUACGGGUGCUCAGAGUGUGGGAAGACCUUUGUUUCCAGCUCUCACCUUAGAAAACACGCCGUGGUCCACACGGGUGAGAAACCACAUAAAUGUUCAUACUGUGAGAAGAGCUUCAGUAAGAAAUCUAACCUUGUUGUACACGAGAGAAUCCACACUGGAGAGAAACCGUACGAAUGCGCAGUGUGUGGGAAAAGCUUUAGGUGCAUGAAAAGCCUUGCCGUUCAUCGAAGGAGUCACAGUAGGGAGAAAACCUAUAAAUGCUUGGAGUGUGGAAAGAGCUUCCCUCGGGGUGACAGUCUAACUGUACAUCAAAGGAUUCACACGGGGGAGAGACCAUAUCACUGCUUGGAGUGUGGAAAAAGGUUCAAUCAGAAAUCGGGACUUAUUUCUCACCGCAGGAUUCACACAGGAGAGAAACCAUAUAAAUGCUUGGAAUGUGGAAAGAGCUUCAGCCAGGGAUCAGGACUUCUUAUUCACCAGAGGAUUCACACAGGUGAGAAACCACAUAAAUGCUUGGAAUGCGGAAAGAGCUUCCGUCAGAGCACAAGCCUUACUACUCAUCAAAGGGUUCACACCAUGACGAAGCCAUAUAAAUGCUUGGUGUGUGGAAAGAGGCUCCGUCGGAAAACAGACCUUACGUAUCACCAAAGGAUUCACAGUGGGGAGAAACCAUAUAAAUGCUUGGAAUGCGGCAAGAGCUUCCCUCGGAGUGACAGUCUAACUGUACAUCAAAGGAUUCACAGUGGGGAGAAACCAUAUAAAUGCUUGGAAUGUGGAAAGUGUUUCAGGUGCAGAACAAAUCUUUCUUCUCACCAAAGGAGUCACACAGGAGACAAACCACAUAAAUGCUUGCAGUGUGGGAAAAGCUUCUCUCGGAACACAACUCUUACAACUCACCAAAGGAGUCACACAGGGGAGAAACCAUAUAAAUGCUUGCAGUGUGGAAAGAGUUUUCUUUGGAACACAAGCCUUUCCUCUCACCACAAGAUUCACACAGGUGAAAAACCAUAUAAAUGCAUGCAGUGUGGAAAGUGUUUUGGUCACAGCACACAGCUUACUGUUCACCAGAGGACUCAUACAGGAGAGAAACCAUAUAAAUGCUUGGAGUGUGGGAAGAGCUUCAGUCUGAGAGCAAGACUAAGUAUUCACCAAAGGAGUCACACAGGAGAGAAACCACAUACAUGUUUCCAGUGUGGAAAGAGCUUUAGUUGCCGCAAAGGCCUUACUGUUCACCAGAGGAUUCACACAGGAGAGAAACCAUAUAAGUGCCUGGAAUGUGGGAAGAGCUUCAGGCAGAGUGCAACCCUGAAUUCUCACCAAAAGAGUCACACAGGGGAGAAACCAUAUACAUGUUUGAAGUGUGGCAAGAACUUUGGUCAUAGUAAGAGCCUAACUGUUCAUGAGAGGAUUCACACUGGGGAGAGACCAUAUAAAUGCUUGGAGUGUGGGAAGAGCUUCAGGCAGAACAGAAAUCUUACUGAACACAACAGGAUUCACACAGGAGAGAAACCAUAUAAAUGCUUGGUGUGUGGGAAGAGCUUCAGUCAAAGAUCAAUACUUAGUAAUCACCACAGGACUCACACAGGAGAGAAACCAUAUAAAUGCCUGGAUUGUGGAAAGAGCUUCCGUCAGAGUGCGGUGCUUAAUACUCAUCAAAAGAUUCAUACCAUGGAGAAACCAUACAAAUGCUCAAAAUGUGGAAAGAGCUUCAGACAGAAUGGAAUCCUUAAUGUUCACCAAAGGAUUCACACUGGGGAGAAGCCAUAUCAGUGUUUGGAGUGUGGGAAGGACUUCCGUCAUAGCCAAAGUCUUAAUUCCCACAAAAGGAUUCACACAGGCAAAGGACAGAAGCUGUGUAAAUGCUUGGAAUGUGGAAAGAGCUUCAUUCACUAUAGCCAUCUAACUUUAUACUAUAGGAUUCACACAGGAGAGAAACCAUAUAAAUGCAUGGAAAGUGGAAAGAGCUUCAUUCACUAUAGCCAUCUAACUUUAUACUAUAGGAUUCACACAGGAGAGAAACCAUAUAAAUGCAUGGAAAGUGGAAAGAGCUUCAUUCACUAUAGCCAUCUAACUUUAUACUAUAGGAUUCACACAGGAGAGAAACCAUAUAAAUGCAUGGAAAGUGGAAAGAGCUUCAUUCACUAUAGCCAUCUAACUUUAUACUAUAGGAUUCACACAGGAGAGAAACCAUAUAAAUGCAUGGAAAGUGGAAAGAGCUUCAUUCACUAUAGCCAUCUAACUUUAUACUAUAGGAUUCACACAGGAGAGAAACCA